AUCAUGCACCAGAAUCCAUAAUCUAUGGGUGAGGAGAAUGGUUUUAUUUGCAUUCCAUCAGGACUUCGUUGAAAAAUGUGUAAAAGUUUUUGUUGACCUUUUAGAUUCAGAGAGAAGCUUUCCAGAUUAUGUGGUGCAGAGCUAAUGACAGUAAACUGUGCAUGGUUAUAUUACAAGUUAGAAUCUCUCUCUCUCCCUCUCUCUGGAUGAUUUCAUUUUAAACUAAAGAUCUAAAGAGAAAAGGGAGAUCGUCUUCAUGCACAAAAGUGCUUCAAUCUUGGGUUACUCAAAAGAUAUAUUCCAUUUAGAGUCGAGUUCGAUGCAUGCAAGAGCUGAUUUCCCACGUUCAUCAUCGAUGUGUUGAGAAAGGAUGAUAAAGCCAAACCAGCUGCUGAUAUGGUUUGUACAACUGAUGAUCUACUGGAAUGGAAAGAUUUCCCCAAAGGCCUUAGGAUUCUUCUCCUGGAUGAAGAUAUCCACUCCGCUGCCGAGAUAAAACUAAAGCUUGAACAAAUGGAUUAUAUCGUGUCUGCAUUCUGCGACGAAAAUGAGGCCAUGGAAGCACUUUCAAACAAAUGUGAGAGCUAUCAUGUUGCGAUUGUCGAGGUCAGUACAGGGAAUAACCUUGGGAGUUUCAAGUUUUUAGAGAAUGCGAAGGACUUGCCCACCAUCAUGAUUUCAAGCACUCAUUGUGUAAGUACAACUAUGAAAUGCAUUGCGUGUUUUUCAAAUUUUCAGCUUGGUGCAGCUGAGUUUCUUCAAAAGCCACUAUCAGAAGAAAAACUAAGAAACAUAUGGCAGCAUGUUGUUCAUAAGGCCUUCAAUGCAGGGGAACAUUCUCUCUCAAAAAUGUUGAAUCCCACCGAAGAAACCGUAUCUCCCGUUCUUCAACCUGCAGUAGAGAAAGACGAAAGCAAGGUUCAGACGUCGUUGGUAGAAAUAGAGGAUUUAACCAGAAGGCAUGAGCUCCAUCAUGACCAGUCAACCGCCAGCGAUAAAUUUCCCGCACCAUCAACUCCACAAUUGAAGCAAUCUGGAAGAUUAUUAGGAGAGAGCGAGUGCCAAGAACAACCAAAUUGCCCCGUAGAGAAAGAUCCAAUGGACCAUGACGGGGAUGCAAAAUCUGUCGAAAAUUCUUGCAAUAUCUCAGUAGAAAAUAUUACAGCUAAGGUAGAUAGUUCAUCAAUGCUCGUUAAUGAUUCGAUCAAAGAAGAAGGUCCAACUAGUGGUUCCAAGUCCGCAAACCACUUACGCCCUAGACAAAAAAGUAAUGACAGCAUAAUAAACUCCAAGGUAGAGGCAGGAAAUCCAAAGAAGGCUUCUACUUCACAUCAAAAUUCAUAUGUCACCAGAGCUAGUAGAAAGAAGAUGAAGGUGGACUGGACACAAGAUUUGCAUAAGCGGUUUGUGAAGGCAGUUGAGCAACUAGGCGUCGACCAAGCAAUUCCUUCCCGUAUUCUUGAGUUGAUGAAAGUUGAAGGAUUGACAAGGCACAAUGUAGCAAGUCACCUUCAAAAGUAUAGAUUGAACAGGAGACACAUUUUGCCCAAGGAAGAAGAUAGGAGAUGGCACCAUCCAAACAGACAUUCCACACCGAGGAGCAAUUAUCAGCAGCACAAACCCAUCAUGGCAUACCCUUCUUAUCCUCCUUCAAGUCACCCAAUCUGUCAUGUGUGGGGCCAUCCUAGUAGUCACUUACCUCCUCCUACAGCUCAAACGUGGGGUCAUCCUAGCUUUCCCACGUGGCAGACUCCCGAAAAUUGGCAAUGGAAAACAUUUCCUGGGAUGCAUGUGGAUGCAUGGGGUUGUCCUGUGAUGCCACCAUCUCAAAAUCCUAAUUUUACCAUUCCUCAAAUGCAGAACAAUGCCUCAGCAGGUUAUCAAAGUUUACUAGACACUACAUUUGAAGAUAGCAGCAGCAUGGCUAUGAUUGAAUCUAAUCAACUGGCGGAGGAAGUAAUUGACAAAGCUGUGAGGGAAGCAUUAGAUAUGCCAUGGCUACCUUUGCCAUUAGGUCUGAAACCUCCAUCAACAGAGAGUGUUCUUUUCGAGCUACAAAGACAGGGCAUCUCCAUCAUUCCUCCUCAAAACCCUAACACGAUGUGGCAGUGAUACGACACCCACGUGAAGUUUUAUCGUGAUCUUGUCCAUCGCGUGUAGACAAGAUUAGAGUACAGUAGAUUAUCUACCGUUGAGGAUGAGCCAUGUAUAUGCUUUUUCAGCCAGAUUUGAAACUUGUGGUUCUUAAUAAAUGGUCGUAAGGGCCCACUGAGUCGAUCAGAAAUUCAGUUUUGUCGCUUUCAUGUUUGAGAUGUCGAGGGAUGAGGUGGGAUGGACCUAAUGCUGUUUGUCCGGGAAUCGAAAAAUUCUGUACGUGGCAGGGAGAUACGGUGAGUUGGCUUGAAAAGAGAAAAACAUUGUAGGAAUAGGCAGGACCCUUCAGACUGUUCGAAAGUUAUCCCGCACUUAUUUUUCUCAAUUUUCCAAGUAGACUUUUUGAACAGCGUUUCGUUGUUGAGGUCUCUGGCACCUAGUUAGUAAGUUCGCGAAUCCAUACGUAUCAGCCGUAUAACUGGGAAUCUCGAUUUAGAUUCGUGAAUUUCUAGCUCAAAAUGAAUUAUACGUGUAUUUACGAAUUACCGAACCAUACGGUCCGUGUAAUACUUUGCCACAUCAUCACUAAAUUAUCAUUUUGUAUGUUAUUUUUGACUUUCAAAAUUUUACAUA